AUGGCGAUGUCCACGUUCCAGAAGGUGACCCUCGCGACGUGUCUCGCGCUGUGCGUCGCGCUGCUGAUUCCCAAAAUGCUGCUGUCGCGAGGACGGAAGGAUGCUGCGGAGCGGCCGGAGGGUUCAGGCCGUGCACCCCCCAUGGUGCACCGACAGGCGGCCCCAGAGGGCCGGGGCCAGAAGGCUGCGAGCGCCGGCUACUCCAGAGCCCACAGCCCAGAGGCCUCUACCAAGGCCAAGGGAACAGGAAUAGGAACAGGAGGCAAAUCCAACCUGGCAGGACAGAUCAUCCCUGUGUACGGCUUCGGGAUCUUAUUCUACAUCCUCUACAUACUGUUCAAGAUCACAUCGAAAGGCCAGAACAAACCAUCAGAGAGCAGGUUUCCUUCAACCCGCUCCGAGAACAAAAAGAGGAAGAUCACCGACUUUGAACUGUCUCAGCUGCAGGAGAAACUGAGGGAAACAGAGCUGGUGAUGGAGAACAUUGUCUCCAACGCCCAGGACAGCCCCAGCAGGGUGAAGGGUGUGAUGGCAGAUCAGGAGAAGAGUCUCCUGCAGCAGCUGACUGAGAUAACUCGGGUGAUGCAGGAGGGACAGCUGAUGGAGGGCAUGACUCCAGAGAAGAAAGCCCAGGACAACUGGGAAGAUUACCCUGAAGAGCCUCAGCAGCAGAACUGGGAACAUUCUCCCUGCUGUUGUCAGCACAGUGAGCAGCACCACAGUCCACACACAGAGACAGAGGCCGACAGGACCGAAAAUGCUGCAGGUGACUUGCUGGAAAAUGUUCCUGCUGAGGAGGUUGCAGGCAGAGCAGAGGCCGAGGAAGCAGAGGACGUGACCACAGACGCUGUGAGAGAAUCUGAUUUAACUGCAGGAAGUGAGGAGGAUGCAGGGCUACAGAGUGAUUUAGCUGCAAAUGAGAGGGAGGAGCUACAUCAACACAAAGAGCCAGGGGGUCAAAUUGAUCUGGGCGUCCCAGAGAAGGAGCUGGCCGGAGUCCUAAAGGAACUGGAGCUCACACUGCAGAUGACGACCAUGAUGGAGCAGGAGAAGGUGGAGGACCUCACCCGGCCUGUGGAGACUGAACCUGCUCAGAGUCAGGUCAGAAGGAGAAACAGGAGGAGUGCAAAGAAAGCUGCACACUGACUCGAACAUGACACACAUGAACUUGAGCCUCUUUUUUUAUUAUUUAUCUGUUGUCAUGAGAUGGACGGUAAUGUGAAGGUUGGGAA